AAUCAAAUCAAAUUUCCUUUCUAAUCCUUUUAAUUUUUAUAACAAAAAUACAAUAGUCUUGUAAGCGCAACGUGUGAGUGAUCUUGUGUAAUAACAUCAUCACAUAGAGUGAAAGAGAUCAAGAAAAUAUCACAUUGUUUUUAACCGAAAAGAAUCUGAUUUCUGAAUCCGGGUCAUCAAAAGAUUUCAAUCUUUUCCAUUUGGUUCGGCGUUAUUCAAUGGAGCUGUGCAAUCAAAACAACAACCACAUCGCCGCCGUCUCCGACGAUCCGUUGAACUGGAACUCGGCGGCGGAAGCGUUAAAGGGGAGCCACUUGGAGGAGGUGAAACGUAUGGUGGAAGAAUACAGAAAAGGGACGGUGAAGUUAGGAGGAGAGACGCUGACGAUUGGUCAAGUCGCCGCCGUGGCAAGCGGAGGAGUGACGGUGGAGCUGGCGGAGGAGGCUCGUGCCGGAGUGAAGGCGAGUAGUGAGUGGGUGAUGGAGAGCAUGAACCGUGGAACGGACAGUUAUGGAGUCACCACAGGGUUUGGUGCAACUUCCCAUAGAAGAACCAAACAAGGCGGUGCACUUCAAAAGGAGCUUAUUCGGUUUCUGAACGCCGGAAUAUUCGGCGCCAGCGCCGGAGACACAUCACACACGUUGCCUAAACCGGCGACAAGAGCGGCAAUGCUCGUACGUGUCAACACUCUCCUCCAAGGCUACUCCGGGAUACGUUUUGAGAUUCUUGAAGCCAUUACAAAGCUUCUUAACAACGAAAUCACUCCGUGUCUCCCUCUCCGUGGCACCAUCACCGCCUCCGGCGACCUUGUUCCGCUCUCGUACAUCGCUGGACUCCUCACCGGCCGUCCAAAUUCAAAAGCCGUGGGUCCCUCCGGUGAGACUCUCACUGCUUCCGAUGCCUUUAGGCUCGCCGGAGUAUCCUCCUUUUUCGAGCUGCAGCCUAAGGAAGGACUAGCGCUUGUGAACGGGACAGCGGUUGGAUCGGGUUUGGCCUCGACGGUUCUGUUUGAAGCCAAUGUUUUGGCGGUUUUGUCUGAAGUUAUGUCCGCGAUGUUCGCUGAGGUUAUGCAAGGGAAACCAGAGUUCACUGACCAUCUUACUCAUAAACUCAAGCAUCAUCCUGGUCAGAUUGAAGCCGCAGCGAUUAUGGAACAUAUAUUAGACGGAAGCUCUUACGUUAAAGAAGCUCAACAUCUCCACGAAUUGGAUCCGCUUCAAAAACCUAAACAAGAUCGUUGCAGGUACGCGUUACGUACAUCUCCGCAAUGGCUUGGACCUCAGGUCGAGGUGAUUAGAGCAGCGACUAAAAUGAUUGAGCGUGAGAUCAACUCUGUUAACGAUAACCCUUUGAUCGAUGUGUCAAGGAACAAGGCUUUGCACGGCGGGAAUUUCCAGGGGACACCGAUUGGUGUGGCCAUGGAUAAUUCUCGUCUAGCCAUUGCUUCUAUCGGAAAGCUCAUGUUCGCGCAAUUUUCAGAGUUGGUGAAUGAUUUCUACAACAACGGUUUGCCUUCUAAUCUAUCAGGUGGGAGAAACCCUAGUCUUGAUUACGGGUUUAAAGGAGCGGAAAUAGCUAUGGCUUCUUAUUGCUCUGAGCUCCAGUUCUUGGCUAAUCCCGUGACUAACCAUGUCCAAAGCGCUGAGCAGCAUAACCAAGACGUUAAUUCCCUAGGGUUGAUCUCGAGUCGUAAAACCGCAGAAGCAGUGGAUAUCCUCAAGCUCAUGUCCACGACCUACUUAGUCGCGCUCUGCCAAGCGGUUGAUCUAAGACAUCUUGAAGAGAAUCUGAAGAAAGCGGUUAAAGCCGUUGUGAGCCAGGUGGCGAAACGGGUGUUGAUCGUUGGUGUGAACGGUGAGCUACAUCCAUCGAGGUUCACUGAACGCGAUGUCCUCCACGUGGUUGAUCGAGAGUACGUGUUCUCGUACGCAGACGAUCCCUGUAGCCUUGCUUAUCCGCUGAUGCAGAAACUUAGACACAUUCUUGUAGACCAUGCUUUAGCGGAUCCAGAACGCGAGGCUAACUCGGCGACCUCGAUUUUCCAGAAAAUCGGAGCGUUUGAGUCUGAGCUUAGGUCACUUCUUCCUAAAGAAGUGGAACGUGUUAGGGUUGAGUACGAGGAAGGAUCGUCGGUUAUAGCUAACCGUAUUAAGGAAUGCCGGUCUUAUCCGUUGUACCGGUUUGUCCGUGAUGAGCUUGAGACUGAACUGCUUACCGGAGAGAAGGUUCGGUCACCGGGAGAAGAGUUUGACAAAGUGUUCUUGGCGAUUUCUGAUGGAAAAGUUAUUGAUCCUUUGUUGGAAUGUCUCAAGGAGUGGAACGGAGCUCCGAUUCCGAUCUGUUAAAAAAUCUUAUUAACGAACUUUCUUUUCACUUACAGGAUUUGUGUUUCUUUUUCUCUUGAUUUCCACGACAUUGCACAACACUUGAAACUUACAUGUUUCUUUGUAUGAUAAAAAUGCUCUGUUUAUGUAUUGUAUCACACACACCCUAAGAUGGUGUUGGCAAAGUGGUUUACGGUCAAUUUAAAUCAAUGCAUGUUGAAGGCUUUUUACA